AUGGCAAGUUCCACUGAACAUGUAUCGAUUCACAUGCCCAAAUAUGAGACAACACCAAUUCAUUUUAAUACUCCCACAUCUGGUGUUUCAGUAGAUAUUGCUGAUAUACAAAAUUAUAUACGUGAAAGAGCCGAAAAAAAUUUAGAACAAUGUAAAUCAUUUGAAAUAUCAUUACCACCAUCAAUCACUGGUAUAACUACUGAAUCGAACAAAAUUGAAUUUAAAUCAUUAUUCCAAACUCCAACAUUAAAUGAACUUGAAAUUGUUUCAACUAAUCCAGAUGGAUCAUCAUUGAGAUUAAAUGAAGAACAACUCAAAGCAGUUAAACAAACAGGAGAAUUUGAUGUAAAUAGUAUUCAUUUUCCUGGCCAACGUCAUCGAUGGAGAUUAAGUAAAUUACUUCAAUCUGGUAUUCAAACAGCUAAUGAAGUGCUUCAUAAAGAAUUAUCAUGGGCACUUUAUAUGUUAAUAAUAUUUGCUCGAGAUCGUGUUUUCUCGAAUUGUUUUAGUUUUAAAGCAACUUUACGAUCAUGGAAACAAGGCUUUGUUAGUUUAAUUGAUGCCCUUAUUGGAUUACCUGCUGUUUAUUCAAGUGGUAUUGAUUUACAAGUAGAAGAUGAACGAAACAAAUUUAUAGUUAUUGAACUUUCACCACAUGAAAGUGAAAAAGAAAUGCAUGAUGCAUUUUGUGCACAAAUACCAAUUUUAUUAGAAAUGAUGAUAGAAUACAACAAAUAUACACUUCGUCAACAUCAGACAUUACCACCUCGAAUGCUACCAUAUCCUCAUCAUUUUGUAACACCAAAUAAUAUUGAUAUUGAUCUUCGAUUACAUAAUAAUGAUCUUCAAACAAAAUUAACAUCAAUUGUUAGCACUCUUCUUAAUGGAAAUACACCGAAAAAUUGGUUUAAUACAACAAAACGGCGAUUAAUUAAUCAAUAUAAACAUGAACAAAUUGAAUUAGGUUUAACAAAAGAAGAAGUAGCUAAACUAGUACAAACACAAUUAAAUAUUGAAUAUGCUGAACGGGCAUUCGAAACUAUUGAAAAUUCUGAUGAAAUUGAACAAUUAUCACCUGGUCUUGGACGUUUAUUAGUUUCACACGCUCGUUCUAUAAUCACUAUGAAAUCAGUUGUUCAAAAAUUAACAGAUGAUUUAGAAAAAUAUCUAAAAACGAUAAGAGAAAAAUUAAUUCGUGAACAUCCAAUCAAAUCUAAAAUUCAUCGUUGGAUUGAAAGAAAACUAUUUGAAGAAAGAGUAAAUUAUAUUCACCAACAUGAAUGGGAUGCACAUCAAACAUCAAUUGAUCAAUGUAAAGCAUUGGGAAAUCAACAAGCUGCAUAUUUUAUUCAACGAGAUCUUACAUUUCGAAAAGAUCAUGAACCAAUUCUUCGUCUCAAUCUUAAUUCACCUGUUGAACCUUUGAAAACAAUUAAAUGUGGUCGAUCAAUAUGGUUUCCAAAAAAUUGGAUCGUCGAACGAACAUAUCCAUUACCUACUGAACGAAUUCCAACAUUAUUUGCUAAAUAUACAUAUACGCCUGAUGAAGAAGAAAAACAAAGAAGACUGAUUCAGUCUGAUCCUGAUGCACAAUAUGAUCUUAGACGAAAAGUAAUCUAUGCAACAACAACAAGAUAUCCAUUUUGGAGAUGGAAAUUAUUUGCACUUCGAACAUAUUGUUGGCUUUCAAAUGCUAUUUAUACAUUAUGUCUUGUUAUUCCAUUUGCUAGUCCAGUUAGUUUCCGAGCUCUAUUAUCUCCAAGACCAUUUCGACCUAAUUAUGAAUUAAAUCGAAACGAUUUGAAACUUCAUGAAGAUCCACAUUCAAAAACACAAACAUUUAUUUCAAGGCUUGUUGCUCUUUGGAAUCAUGUAAGGCAUUCAAGACAAAAAUUUGAACAAACACCUGAUCGAGGAUUUUUGGGAAAGAAUAUACAAAGAAUAUUCAAUCGAUUUUGGAAUUAUGUAGCAAAAGGUUUUAUCGGCACAGUUGCUAUUUGUGCUAUCUAUCCAGUUUCCUGUAUAAUUCUUUCAACUGGCUCUUUUAUAUUAGGUGUUCUAUCACCUAUUUGGAUGCCAAUUCUUACAUUACUAUUUCAUAUACUUCAAAUUCUUAUUUAUGAUGCAACUUCAGCUGGUGAAUACGGGCGAAAACUUUUUUGUUUUAUUAAUAUUUUGAUAACUGAUUUUCUACUCUGUGGUAUUAUACAACCAAUAUUAGUAUUAAUUGCAUUAAUUACUAGUCCAAUAACUUCACUUUUACUUGUUAUUUAUGCUCUGCUACACCGUUGUACUCGUGGAUUGUAUGAUAAAAUAGUAUAUCAAUUAAUUGUUAAACGUUUUGCUCGAAUUCCUGCACAUGAUGGUUUUCUUGCAAGACGUAUUGCUGGUCCAGGUUUAGCAGCACAAUAUUUUUAUCAAGUUUCAUCACCAGAAGUAUUAGCAGCAUUAGAAUCAUUAAUUGAACAAAAUGAAUUAAAAGUUUAUCGUUCAUAUAUUGAACAAAUUUUAAUGAAACCAAUUGAUGAAUAUCGACGAUUUUUUAAUGCAGCAUUUGAACCAUUUUCAGCUCAAGUUCAAAUAAUAGAUAGUCAAUCAGUUUAUAGUAGAAUGAAAGAUGUUGUUGAUGAACAUAUUCGAAAUUUGAAAACAACAAUUGAAAAGCGUAAUGAAUUACUUCGAGUACAUCAUGGUUCUCAACAUGAUCGUAUUCGAUUAACAGAGGCUGAUUUAACCGCUGUACUUAUUGAAGGAACACAAUUAGUAGAAAAAUGGUAUCCCAAGCGAAUACUUUCUUAUUUCAAUAAAGAUGAGAUAGAAAAGUUUUGGAAUGAUUAUGAUCUUGAACAAAAUGAUUGGUUUGGUUUAACAAGUAAAUUACUUCAACAAUUAUUUUGUCGAGAUUUCUUAACACCACUUGAACAAACAGAUGUUUUUUAUAGUCUACAAGUUGAUCAUUUAACAUUAUCAAAAUAUGCACAUAUGAUCCAUUCAGCUAGUUUACAUGAUGAUCUUGAUGUUGUCACAAGUGUUUAUCUACCUGAAACGUCUUACACAAUUCAUUAUCCAUCUUUCAAUCAAGGAAUAUUCAAUCCAAAUGAACGUAUUCUUGAUAUAUCGACAAAUUAUUCUGAAAAACGUCGUGUAAAAACUCAUGGUCGUGUAUAUCGAUUUUUUAAUCGUAAAGCAAAUUAUUUACAACACGCUAAUAAUUUAUCAAGAUUUGUUGAUUAUACAUCUACAACAUGUCAUUUUUCUAUACCAAUUCGAUUACCUGAUAUAAUCUAUGUUAAUAUUAUUAUAUUUAAUCGUGAUAAUAAUAAUUCAAUAACAACAACAUCAAUUAAAAAUGUAUCUCUUCAAGAUAUUCUUCAACUUAUUGAAUACAAUAAAAAAUUUCAUGAUGAACCUAUGUUACCAACAUAUUCAGCAAGAAUUUUAUCUCCUACUACAAUGAAUCAUACGACAAAUGAUGAUUUAGUUAUGAUCAAUGCAGCAGUAGAUAAUAAUGAUGAUGAACCAUUAGAUGAUAAUAUUGCUGUACUUGACGAAAAACUUUUAUAA